CCCCCCCCCGCCCCCGCCAGACCGGCUUUCCUCUCGCGGGGCUCUGCUUCCGGGUCGUGUCGGGAGUUCGGUCGUGUCCGUCGGGGUCGUCGGGGAGCGGGGCCGCGGCCACCACUGCCGCCGCCCGGGCGAGGGGCGGGCCGGAGCCGCGAGGGCCGCGGGGGGAGGGGCGGCAUUGCGCGGCAGGGCGGCGAGAAGGCCGCGGGGAGGCGGCGGCGGCGGCCCCCGCCGAGGCCUGGUCUGGCCCGCCGCCGCCGCCGCUCGGCCGAUGCGCCCGGAGCCAUGGACAAGAUCCUGGAGGGGCUGGUGAGCUCUUCGCACCCGCUGCCGCUGAAGCGGGUGAUCGUGCGGCGCGUGGUGGAGUCGGCAGAGACGCCGCUGAGCCAGGCGCAGUGCCGCGCCAUGUUCUCGCUCGGCACCCGGCUGGUGCUGCAGGGUCCCGACCCCUUCCAGCGGCAGGUGGGGCGGCAGGUGCUGGACGCCUACGGCCGCUUCCACCGCGCCGAGUUCGAGGCUUUCUUCAACCGCGGGCUUGUCCUCGGCCUCCUGCAGCGCGGAUACGGCGAGCUGAGCAACCGCGACCCCGCCAUCCUCGACUACAUCCAGGCAGGGCUGCGUCUCAUCAUGAGCUGCCCCUCGGUGCUGGAGCUUUUCGAGCUGCUGCAGGUGGAGGCGCUGCGCCUGGUGUGCGAGCGGCCGCCGCCGCCGCUCUGCGCCCGCCUCUGCCAGCUGCUGGGAGACUUCCCGCAGUGCUUGCCCCGCGGCAGGAAGCUCUCACUCGCCUUCUGCCAGCAGCUGGUGCGCAGCAUCGCCCACUUCCAGAGCCAGGGCACUCGGGAGGCCGAGUUGCGCCUGUAUGUCUCACAGGUAACCCAGGUCAGCGCGCUGCUCAGGAGCGUCUGGAAGGCAGAGCCCGAUACGCUGCUGCCCUCGCUUCAGGAGCUCUUCGCUGUGAUCUCCGCCGCGGAUACUUCGUUCGAGCCUUCUGUUGCACUCGCAAGUCUUGUGCAGCACAUACCAUUGCAGAUGAUUACAGUACUCAUCAGGAGCCUUACUACAGAUCCUAACGUGAAAGAUACAAGUAUGACUCAAGCUCUGUGCAGAAUGAUUGACUGGCUGUCCUGGCCUCUGGCUCAGCACGUGGAAACAUGGGUGAUUGCACUGCUGAAAGGAUUGGCUGCAGUCCAGAAAUUCACCAUCCUCAUUGAUGUCACUCUGCUUAAGAUCGAAUUGGUCUUUAAUCGACUUUGGUUUCCUCUAGUGAGGCCUGGUGCCCUUGCUGUCCUUUCCCACAUGUUACUUAGUUUCCAGCAUUCUCCAGAAGCUUUUCAUUUGAUUGUCCCACAUGUGGUCAGUUUGGUUCACUCCUUCAAAAGAGAUGGCUUGCCUUCCAGUACAGCCUUUUUGAUGCAGUUGACUGAGUUGAUACACUGUAUGAUGUAUCAUUAUUCAGGUUUUCCAGAGCUCUAUGAACCUAUUCUGGAAGCUAUUAAGGAUAUGCCCAAACCCACUGAAGAGAAGAUUAAGUUAAUCCUCAGUCAGAGUGCCUGGACUUCUCAAUCUAGUUCUUUGCCAUCUUGUUUAUCUAGACUUUCUGGAAAAUCUGAAACUGGGAAGACAGGCCUAAUAAAUCUAGGAAAUACUUGCUACAUGAACAGUGUAAUUCAAGCACUUUUUAUGGCUACAGAUUUCAGAAGACAUGUUUUAUCUCUGAAUCUAAAUGGCUGUAAUUCCCUAAUGAGAAAAUUACAGCAUCUUUUUGCGUUUUUGGCCCAUACCCAGAGGGAGGCAUAUGCUCCUAGAAUUUUCUUUGAAGCUUCCAGACCACCAUGGUUCACUCCUCGAUCCCAGCAGGAUUGUUCAGAAUAUCUCAGAUUCCUGCUAGACAGGUUGCAUGAAGAAGAGAGAACUUUGAAAGCAUUGUCUUCGGCCAAGAGUUCUGAAAGUAUUAUGACUGACAAGUCCCAGGCACAAGAAACUGCCCAUAAAACACAAGUAUUUACUGAAGCACCUUGUAUGGACAAUGAAGAAAGAACUCUGAUAGAGAAGAUGUUUGGAGGAAAAUUGAAGACUAACAUAUGCUGUUUGAACUGCAAAAGUAUGUCUCAAAAGGAAGAAGCUUUCACAGAUCUCUCUUUGGCUUUCUGUCCCCCAACUUCCUUAGAGAAUGCUGACCCAAAAUGCAUAGAACAUUCUGAAGUGAAAGAUGACUACAUGAUGCAAAGUAAUACUUCAGCAACCAGUCCUGAUGCAGAAACACCUCUCAGUAAUUUGGAAGUAAAUCAUGAAUGUGACACAAUGAAUGAAGGAACCAUAGAUUUUUCUAGUGAGCCAAGUUCUGAGAAUACCACUAUUUCUGAACUCAAAGUUGAAAAUAAUGGGGAUGUGUCUCAGAGUCUAGUAGGUAAAAAUACCCUGUCAGUUACAGACUUACUCAAUUAUUUUCUGGCACCUGAGAUCCUUAGUGGAGACAACAAAUAUUAUUGUGAAAAGUGUGCCUCUCUACAGAAUGCUGAAAAAACUAUGCAAAUCAUUGAGGAACCUGAAUACCUCAUUCUUACACUUUUGAGAUUUUCAUAUGAUCCAAAAUGUCACAUUAGACGCAAAAUCUUGGACAAUGUUUCUCUACCACUUGUAUUGGAACUGCCAGUGAAAAGAGCAACAUCCCCUUUAGCUGUUGUUUCGGGAGGCUGGUCUGUUGGUGUGGAGAUUUCUGAUACUGGAGAAAACCUUGCUAAAAAACUGAAGCCCUCUGGUGCUGAUGAAGUGACCUGCCCACAAUUGGUGCCCUAUGUGUUGAGCUCUGUGGUGGUGCAUUCUGGUGUAUCCUCUGAAAGUGGACAUUAUUAUUCAUAUGCUAGAAAUGUUACUGGGUCAGGGCCUUCAGGGCUCUGCCACCAGUCUACAGCUCUUUCUUUAGUUUCUCCUCAGGAUAAGUUGUUUGCAGAGGAGAGUCCUUGUACUGUUGUAGAUAAUGAGCUGGACACUGAGAUGCCAAGAGAAUGGUUUCUGUUCAAUGACAGCAGAGUGACAUUUACCUCAUUUCAGUCAGUCCAGAAAAUCACCAGUAGAUUUCCAAAGGACACUGCUUACGUUCUGUUUUACAAAAAGCAGAACAGCACCUGUGGCUUCAACACCAGUCCAGCAAAUGGCCUCUGGGUAAAUGGAGACCCUCCUCUACAAAAAGACCUCAUGGAUGCAAUUACAAAAGAUAACAAACUGUACUUGCAGGAGCAAGAGCUUAGUGCUCGAACACAAGCACUUCAAGCUGCCUCGGCCUCUUGUUCUUUCCGACCCAAUGGAUUCGAUGACAAUGAUCCCCCAGGAAGUUGUGGGCCCACAGGUGGAGGAGGAGGGGGUGGGUUCAGUACCGUUGGUAGAUUAGUCUUUUGACUGUGAAGACAACCUGGAAUACACUGGUUCCAAAGCAGCCUAAUACUGCUGAGGACAAAUAAAAUACUGAACUCUAUCAGAGUUGUAUCAGGCUUUGAGACUUGAUCCUUGUCCAAAAGCAAAUAUUAGUGGUUUUUUGGUUAUGUUUUAUUUGAAAUAAAUAAGCGCAUAAUGGAAAAAACCUACCUCUUAAAAGUUCAGUUGCUUUCAUAGUAAGAUAUGCUUGCCCAAAAAACAGAAAAUUAAGAUUUUUUUUUUAAAGUAAAUGCUAAUGAUGUUGCAUUAAACUGAACAAAAUGUACUUAUGUCAGUUUCUCUUGUACUCAUCCACUGAAUGAAGAAAGUUCAUUUUUUACUCUGAUAGUAUUGCUUUAUGUGGAAAGCCAUUUUCAGAUGGGCUAAACUGCACCUGUAGUCUGUCACCCACUGCUUAUUUUGUAAUACAAUACCUAUGUGGAUAUUCAGAGAUGAUGCAAUUUGUAAUGAAGGCAAUAACUUAAAUGGGACAUGAUACAGUACUUUCCAGGUCAAAAGUUAUUCAAUCCAUUUCCAAAUGAAAAGAAAAAAAAUUAUAAAUAUUUGCUAACUUGUUAUCCAAAAAAGUGCAUGUUGUGUAGGAGCAAUGUUUUUAAAUAGAAAUUGUUAACUCAGUUGCAUUUCUAAUUGUUUUGAGGAUUUUAAAAUUAUUUCAGGGACUAUAUCUGCUGAGUAUUGGAAAGAGAUUCUGUAUGUGCCUUGCAGUACUGUAACUUAAACUCUCUGAGGCUGCAGAAGAUGAGAAAAUGUCUUAGUAGGCAAUUUCUUUUUGGUCAGAAUUAGAAAUCAAGACCUUUAUAGAAAGUUUUUUGGUUUCCAGAAGUUAAAAUCUGUUAGUUUGAAACGCCAUAAAUGUUGCCCUUUAUUUUUUGAUUUAAAAAUAUACAUACCUAGUGAUCUAUAACUUUCAUGGCCUGUACUGCUGAGAAAGAACUGGUCAUAAAGAUGGAGCUAUGUUCAUAAAAUCACAGAAAAUCUGCCUCUGUUGGUCUUUGCUGAGGAUCUUUGCCUAUAAGAGUCUUUUGAAGCUUUGCUGUUGGGUUUUGCUAGUAGUGAGAAUUUUCUGGUGAGUUCAGGUUUUUGUUUUUUUUUUUUUUGUCUGCAGAAGCCCACAGUUAUUCUGCCUAAGGAGCGCUGUUUGCUCAUCAGGCAAGUAGAGGCUGAGGAUCCUACUUGACAGAAGUAGCAACUUUGAUUUUGAUGUGCAAUGAGGAUAACAGAAGGACUUAGACUGUUGAACCGAAGUGAUUAAUUCUUUAGUAAUCUUAGAGUGAAAUGUAAAUUUAUUUAGAGUAUUUUUACAAAAUUUUGCACUGGUUUUGUUGCGUUUUUAUAUUCUAUUAGGUGACAAAGUGUGUCCUUAAAAAGCAUGAGGACCCGGCAGGUUUUAGCAUAACUGUAUAAAAAUAAGGAAAUUUCUUAAAAAUGCUUUAAAAAAGCAUAAGAUAUGUUGAGAGAAUUAAGUCUUGUUCAUAUGAUUUUAAAUAUAUGGAGUUUAGUCUGAAAGGUAAUUGAGCUUGCAAGUUAUUUUUAUAAUAUCACUAAAACUAUACGAUUUACUAUAGGUUCAGAUGUUAUACUCAAGAAAGCUAGAGCAGCUGACUUUUUUUUUUUUUUUUUUAAAUACUUUCCAAGCUUUCUUGUGACAAUUUGUGGUACCUUGGCUUUGGCCUAAUCUUUUCAUUGCUGUCUCAGUGGUAGGUCUCUGAACCAAGGGUUCAGCCACAGAAACAUGGAAUGUUUUGAGACCAGCAUGAGCAACAUUCUCAUUUCAUUGCACUUGGAUGAGGUUUUUUUUGAAAGUUCACUUUGCUUUGAAAUUCUGUAACUUUGUCUGAGAGGGUUUAUUUCCUUUUAGUCUUCUCCACCAGUUUGCUUUGGUUUGAAAAUGGUUUAUAAGACAGGUUAAUUUGGCUUUUCUCUCACAGAUUGAGGACCCACUAAAAAGCUGUCUACUCAUUGCAUUACCUUGGGAAUAUUUUGUCUCUGUAUCAAUUUACUGUUCAUUUUGAACUACUAGUAAGUAGAAGCUGGGGCAAGUGGUUUUACUCUAUAUGAAAUCAUAAUUUUCUAAAGGUCAGUUUUGUUUUUAUGUUCUCACAGUAAAAAUACAAAUUAUGCAGCCUACUUAAAAAUAAUAUGCAGUAUGUCUUUUGUAUACCUGUUGAACUAUAUUUAUUUCAUGAGUUCUUAGAAGGCUUUUUGCCUAUUCUAAAUUAGGGGUUAAAUAUGGAAAAUUUACAUGAGAAUAAUACCAAUCAAGUUGGAUCUGCUUAGGUGCAAAAUGAUGGAUGUCUGAAACUGAAAAUAACUUCUUUCUUUCAUCUUGUUGACUUCCUUCAAUGCAUUUGCUAGGAGUUUUAAAAGUAGAUUCUAAAAUUCAGGAUACCUGUCAUAAGUCUGCUUGCUGACUUGACAGCUGUCCUAGGCUGGUGAGUCAUAGAUACCCAGCUUGGAAGGUUUCAGUAAACCUAGUGGAAGUGAAGAAUUAUUUCAUGCUUUGAAAUGUGUACCUUUAUUAUUUUUUACAGUAAUGGUGUUGCGUGCCGCUGUCUUCUGAACAUGAGAGAAAAAUGUACAUAUGGUACUUUGAUUUCUGUUGCUUGUGAAUGAAUGCUGGAUGGUUUAUUUAUUUACUUUUUUGGCUCCAUUAUUAAUAAGUUUAUUAAGUUGAAUCAAUAGAAAGAUACAAAAUGCAUAAGACCGUUUCAGAAGCUUUAGGGUUUUUGUUGUUUACUUUCAUGAAAGAGACACAGUUGUACCACUCAAGGGUGGUAUGUCUUAAAAUCGUAUUUGCUUCUACCAAGACAGACUGUGAUUUGGUCUUUGUUUUAAUGGUCACUGGAAUUGUAUUAACUUUCUUUUGUGCUGUUAAUUUUUUACAGUUUUUUCAUGUGGAGCAUCAUAGUGGAUUACUGUGAACAGUCUCCCCUGUAACAAGUGAUUACAAUGUCUAUGAGCCCAUUUAUCCAGGAUGAGGAGCAAAUAGGCUUCUUUGAAAAACUGAACAAAUCACACAAUUUAUUUUUUUUUAAUCUGUAGCAAUACGUUUGUUCAUUGAGUCAGAACACUUUUUUUGUACAAGUGACAGGCAAAGGGCAAAGGCUCUGGGAGAUGAGAGUUUUGAAACAAAAUCAAGUGGGUAUAAACUUUCUGUAAAUAAAAUUUAGAUUAGAAACAAAGUUCCUAAUUCUGGAACAGCCCUCUGGGCAGAACCUUGCUUUGAAGGAAGAGCAAACUGUGUGUAUGAAAGAAAUUAAAUGCAAAGUGUUGUCUGAAUAGUAGGCAACUAGACCUGAUAAACCAGAGGUCCCUUCCAGUCCCUUCCUACAAUUUUGCUCUUUUGUUGGGUUUCCUGUCUUGCCUCAUUACCAGUUUUAUUUUUAGGGCUUAAUUAUUUGAGGGUAAAUAAAUAGAAUAUUAAACUGUGACAUAGCAAAAGUUAACUGCUCAAUUUUGGGUGGUGUUUGUCUCUGAUAUAGGGGAAUGAAGCAUAAAGAUUACCAAAUCGUGGUAAGUGGAAGCUUGGAGGAGUUGUGAUCUAAAGAAAUGUGCUCAGUUUCUACUAAAAGGGUGAUUUCCCUUUGUAACAACCUGCAAUGUAAUGUAAUGAGUUGUAGCACUUGGUAUCUUCAGUAGGCUGUAAUUAAAUGGAAAUUAUUGGACAUUUUCAAAGGGUGAGCAAAUGAUCUAUGAUAUAAAGGAGAUCAGAAUAGACAAUCUUGAAGGCUUUAAUGUUCCAUGCAGCCAGUCAUCAUAGGUCUACCUAAAUCUGAAUUCAGAGCUGUGAGUAAUAUGUUGUUAAUUCACAGUGGUGUGGGUUCAAAUGUGAUAGAGAACCAAGAAUUGUGUGGUGCUGGCUGGGUUGUGUCUGACGCAAGCUCUGCAUAUGGGGUGUAGUGUAGCACUGUGUCACCACACAAGCUUUUGUGUUACAAUGCACACCCACAAUUCACUGGGAAUCUGCUUUUGCUUGAAUUAAAGCAUCCAAAUCAAAGGCACAACAACCAAAACUACCCAGACUGAAGCACGGAUUAAUGGGUUUUGAUACAAUAUGCACCCUCCUUAUUUAAAAUGGAAUAUCUUCUUAAUCUGCAAGAUUCUAGAUAUGUGUAUCCUGAAUCCACAUACCUUUCUUGUUCCUUUUUUUUUUUUCCUGUGCAGAUAGUAUUUUUAGGAAUCAGGUGUAAAAGUGCUUAAAUAGACACGUCAAAAGAGGCAACACGGGAAAGAGGAACAGCGGGUGGUGAAGGAGAAGAGCCUGGUACUGAAUUGAAAUGGGACAAAUGCAGAAAGGACAUCAUGGCUCUAUUCUGAUUUAAAAGUUGCUCAUGUUUUAAUGUCACUGCUCUAACUUUUUUCUACCAAAGGCCACUUUGUCAACAAUGCCUUGUGUUAUCUGAACCUGAUCCUUCAGAAGUUUCCACUGUAUCAUUAUAUCCAUUUAUAUUUUGAAGGAGAAAUAUAUCAGUAGGCAUGUGGAAAAUAUGCUGCUGGGGAGCAUAUUUCAGGUUGACAUUAAAAAAAUGAAUUCAGCAGCGGAAUAUGUGAUUGUGCAAGCAGCUGUAGUAUCAUACAGCAUCCUCAAGGCCAGUGGUCUCCAAACUUUGCACAUCCAUGUCACUAAAAACUCUUACGUGUGCACCCACUAUGUAUAUUUAUUAAUUUAUAAAUAAUUUAUUUACUACUAUACUAAUUUAUUAUAUACCUACACAGGAGUAGAAAUUGAAAAAGUAUGAGAGAAAAGUGAAAUAAAGACUAUUUUUAAAUUAUUUAAAAUUUCAUUUGUUAAUUUUGCAAAAUAUACUUUCUUCUUGCACCCAAAUAGAUUGUCUUGAGGUGCAUGCACCUCACUUUAGAGACCACUUUAGGGUAUAAUCUUGGAAAGGGUUUUAACUUGAUGGGAACAUGUAUCAAAACUGAACAGUUUAUAAUGACAGUUUAUUUUACUCUGUGAAUAUAGACCUUUGUCCUUAACUUUGUGCUGCAUGACUCUGUUUUGGAUCUCUGUUUAUUCAGAGUUCUUACAAAAUUUGGUCCAAGGCCUGUGAACUAUUUCACUGUUUGUUUUCCUACAGUGUGCAUUAAAUGACAAAACAGGAGGUGUCAGCCUUAAGUGGUUUGCAGAAAUGCAAAGCCUUUCUAGUUGGAGGUGGGGGCAUAUCCCCUAUCAAACACAGGGAUGUGUUAGUACUUGGCUUUAAAGAUUAGUACCAUUUUUCAACUGACUUGCCCUUUCUCAAAUGUUCACUAAAGAAUUGCAAUAUUUAGUGCUCAGCCUCUCAGAAGAAAGUAAUUAAUUUUCUUGCUGUAUCUUUCCUGGCGUUUAUUUUACUAAACUACAGUUGAAACCAUACUUGCAGUAUGCCUGUGCUUAAAUCUUGUAAACUGGCAUAAAUUUUUAAUAGUAUUUCAUAUCAGUUUUUAAAAAUGGAUGUGGCAAAAUGACUGUACAUGUGUUGGGCUGCAUAAGGAAGUCAAAAUAUAUAUCUUUUAAAUAUCUCAAAAGGUGUCUCAAAGUAUGUAAGUUUUUAUGUGUUUGACUGAAGAGGCAAGAUACAUGUUCUAGUAAAAUAAAACAGUGGUGAUUUGGGGUU